GUCAUACUGAGAAGUCCAUCUCUAAUAGUAUUUGACAAGUCCACCCAAACGAAAAAUAAAAAUGAGUGCAAUUUCCAAUGAAAACAUUAUUUGGACCAUAAAAAACGGAGAGUUUGACGCCGUACAAGCUGCUUUCCAAAACGAUGUGCACAAAAAGGUAAAUGAGGAAAUCAAGGGCCGUUUCCCAGUACACUAUGCGGCAGAUUUUGGGCAGCUAAAUGUUCUCCAGUAUUUAAUAAGCUUAGGAGCAGAAGUUGAUAUAAAGGACAAACAUGGUAUUACCCCUAUUCUUGCUGCCAUUUGGGAAGGACAUACAAGCUGUGUGGAACUUCUUUUAAAUAAGGGAGCUAACAAAAGUGGUUCUACUCCAGAUGGCCAAAGCUACCUCGAAGCAGCGGAAAAAGACGAAAUCAAAAAAUUACUUGCAUAAAUUUUAAACGUAAAACUAGGAUACAAACCUUAUGUUUCAGUAUCAAAAACAAUUUUAAAUACAGUCAUGUGUAGAUUUUAAA